AUGUACAGGAGCUCGUCCACCCCAACCCCCAAGCCCGCUGUCCACAAGUCAGGGCCCUCUCUGAAGAUGUUCCUGCUGAUUCUACUUUUCCUGGGACUGGCAGACGCCUGCAUCCCCCGGGAAGUUGCAACUGAAGAAAAAAUUUUUGAUUGGCCGGAGUCUUGGCGCCUUCGCGUCCAUCAGUCUGCCUGGCAACGGGCUGUUGAUUGGUGGAUGUCUGUCCCUGGGACUUAUGGGGGACUUUCCGGCGGGGGCUUCUGUAUCAGCAUUUUCCAGCUGGCACUUUCCGCCUGCGGUCAGCGUGACCUUUCACUUAGGAUGAAGCCCGAGGUCUUUAAAAUGACCCACAGGGCCGGGCAUCAUCUAACUCUGGACGUUCUUGUCCCCUCCCGGUCAUCUUCUCCUGCCGUGUCCCCUCGGCGGGUCUCUCUCCAUUCUUCCGAAGCUCCAGACUCCUUCCCACCCUGGACUGUCCCACCGCCGGGAGCGCGUCUCUCUCUCCCCUCCAAAGGUCUUCACCGGCUAACCCCUCCUCAUCUUUCAGGUGUCAGACUCAGUGACAGUUCCUCCAAGACGCCUUCCCUGGCACCCCCACCAGACAGGACAGAGGAAGAAAGUUUGCUGAGCCUCCAGGUACUGAAUGAAGAAUCAAGCGACUGCAAGGAAGAAGUAAAGUUCCUCCCAACGGCCACCACCCCCAAGAAGCCGCUGAAGCAGAAAACCAGAUGGAAUGGGCUGAGAUGUGCCUACAUGAUGGUCACCUUCUUGUUCGUGUCCUACAAUAAAGGAGACUGGUGUUACUGCCAUUACUGUAACCCAGAGGUGGACAACAGAAACAAUCCCUGCUGUGCUUUCUAACUGCCCUUCUCCAUCUCAGCUCAACCCUCACGAGUCCUCCAUCUCCCAGCUAGUCGGUCUGGCCUCUGGGGCAACCUCUGUGUUCCUAGACUGCCGAUUUGGAGGGUAAUGAGUCGAGUCCUUUGAGGGAUAGCGCCUGUCUGCCCAGAGGCAUGACCAGAAGGUCUCUGUGAGCAGAAGCACUGAGAGAAGCUGAGUGAGCGUCCGCAGUGGUCUCCUCCACAACUCCUCUUUAGCCUUUUUCACCCCUUCCCCAAUGUUUCUGUAAUAAAAGGUACACAUGCUGAAUGA